AUUGCUGCUACUAUGUCUACCUUUCAAAAGCUUUGGAACUCGCCUGUUGGCCCCAAGACGUCCCAUUUUUGGGCUCCCGUAGCAAAGAUGUGCGUUGCCGCGGCCUCUUUUGCCGACUACUUCAGGCCCGCAGAGCAGAUCUCCAUGUCUCAACAAGGCGCCUUGAUGGUGACGGGCAGUAUCUGGACACGGUGGUGUUUUGUGAUUACACCAAAGAACUACGCAUUGGCAGCUAUCAAUGCAUCUGUUGGUCUAGGUGGCGGCUAUCAAUUCUUCCGGGUA